AUGGUCAACAUAGCUGAGCCAUUGUCCAUUGAUGUGUGUGGUAUGCUUGGUUUGGAUGAGACUUCAGUGACCUUUUUACUCUUGAUAGUAUUGGCAGCUUCUUUGUCGAGUUACAACGUCUUGGCUUCAGAGAUCAAACCAACAGGGAGAAUCGAUGAUAUGUGUCCGACUACUUGUUCGGCAACGUACGGGAAUGGUAAAUGUAAGGUAGACUGUAUGAAGGUUGGGUUUGCAUCCGGAAAAUGUGCUACUUCUGAUAUUUUUAAAAACAAAUGUUGUUGCACCAAGUGA